UCGAAGCAAACCAUAGUUUUCAAAAAAAAAAUAAUUUAAAAUUAGAUUUCUCUAGAAAAUACCUAAUUUAAUUAAUUAAACUCCAAAUAAAUCGUGUAAUAAAGUGUCAAUCUAUCGUUUUGUUCUGUUUUCAAUAUUUCAAAUAUAAAAAUUAAUAGCUUAAUUGACUAUUGAAUUUUUGAAGCCAAGCCAUAUAUUUAAAGCAGUUAAAUGAUGAGUAAACGCAGAAGAACAUCAUCAGAAAUAGACACUGACUCUGACGAUGACUUGGGAUUGUAUCCUAAUAACAUACCGGCGGUCAGAAAGCGCAAAAAACUUGAUCCAAUGGAGCAAUGUCAAAGUUUAUACGAUUCAAUUCGGAAUCAUAAAAAGGAUGAUGGAACUCAGUUGUGUGAUUUUUUCAUAAGAGCACCAAAGAGGCGUCAAGAACCGAAUUAUUAUGAAAUUGUAACAAAUCCAAUUGACCUAUUAAGAGUUCAACAGAAGCUUAAAACCGAUUCAUAUGAAGAUAUCGAUGAUCUGACUACUGAUAUUGAGUUACUAGUGAAUAAUGCUAAAGCAUUUUAUAAGCCCGACUCUAAUGAAUAUAAAGACGCUUGUUCAUUAUGGGAAGUAUAUAAUAGUAAUAAAUCGAAACUCAUAGACAGCAUGAAUGAGGAAUCUACACUAACAAGUGUAGUUGAUCCAUCAAAGCCUCGUCGAAUCGGACGUCCAAGAAAGUCUGUUUUAGAUGAUGAUCAAGUAUCAGAAAACUCUUCAGAAAAUAAUGAUUACGAUAUUUAUGAGGAAUUGUUCGCUGCAAUUAUGACAGCAACUGAUCCUGUUGAUGAUCGGUCAUUGCAUACAAUGUUUCAAUUGUUACCGUCAAAGAAACACUAUCCUGAUUAUUAUGCUGUAAUUGAUCAUCCAAUUGACUUAAAAUUUAUUGCUAAUAAAAUUCAAACAAAUGCAUAUACAAGUCUAAAUGAUAUAGAAAAGGACGUGCUUCAAAUGGUUAAAAAUGCUCAAAUUUUCAACGAGCCAGGAAGUCAAAUUUAUAAAGAUGCAAAAACUCUUAAGAAAGUUUUUAUUCAACGCAAAGCAGAUAUUGAUGCUGGAAAAUAUAAACGACUGCCAACAAGAGGUCGUGGUCGUCCAAUAAUAAGUUACAGUGCUGCUUGUGCUGCUCUCAAAGAAGAGCUCGAUUCAACAGAUGAAGAAAUGGAUGAGAUGGACGAUGAGACACAAACUGGUCCACUUUGGCAAUUAUUUGAUAAUAUUUACAACCAAUCAAGUUCCGAUGGAUCUUUAGGAGGAGGGUCACCGCUCGGAGAGUCACUUUGGAAAUUGCCGAACAAACGUUUUCAUCCUGAAUACUAUACGAUCAUCAAAAAACCUCUUUCAAUGUCAAUGAUUCAAAAGAAAUUGAAGAAAAAUGAAUAUGCUAAUGUAACUGAAUUGUCUACAGAUUUAUAUCUCAUGAUUGAUAAUGCAAAAAAAGCAAAUUUACCGUCGUCGAAAAUCUACAAGGAUGCAGUAAAGAUGCAAAAGAUUUUAAAUCAAAAAUUAGUUGAUGACGGAUUAGAUGAUGAUGAUACAGAAGAUACCGAAGACUCGCAACAAUUCAGUUCUAUUCAAGGAAGUAGUGUUGAUAAAAAGAAGAAAGGAAGACCAAGAAUCCAUCCAGUUUCAUCUUCAACAUCGCCAGCACCAACUCCAACACCGCAGGCAUCAAAAUUUUAUAAAUUUCCCAAUAAUCCAGCACUUAAAAAGAAGUUAAUGGCUAUUCAUAAGCAUUUAAUGGAAUAUUCUUUUGAUGGGCGACAGCCUGCUGAACCAUUCUUAGAAAAACCUUCUAAAAAGUUAUAUCCUGAUUAUUAUACAAUUAUCCAACACCCAAUAGAUAUGACUUGUAUUCAAAAAAACAUUGAAAAUGACCGCUAUGGCACUGUUGAUGAUAUUGUUGGUGAUUAUCGACUAAUGUUUAACAAUUGUCGAAAAUAUAAUGAGGAAAAUUCCAUGAUUUAUGAUGAUGCUAAUAUGCUUGAACGAAUCCUAAAUGAUAGAUUGAAAGAGAUAUCUGGUAUAGGUGAUCGAAAGCCAAAGAUGAUGAAAAUGCAAAGCAAGAAAGCGCAAAUGGUUUUGGACGUAAAAUUGAAGAAAUUGUUUGAAACAAUUAAAGAAUAUAAGGAUCCUAAGUCAAAUCGUCAGGUUGCAACAAUAUUUAUGAAGUUGCCAAGCAAAAUGGAAUAUCCUGACUAUUACGAAAUAAUUUCAAAACCAAUCGAUCUCGAAAAGAUUGGAAAUAAAUUGAGGAUGCAACAGUAUGAUUCUGUAGAUGAACUUUCAGCUGAUUUGAUGCUCAUGUUUGAAAAUGCAUGCAAAUACAAUGAACCAGACAGCCAGAUUUAUAAAGAUGCGCUUAUGCUGCAGCAAGUGUGUAUUCAAACGAAAACUGAACUUAGAAUGGAGGACGAAAAUGUUCCUGACGUUCCACAAGUUCUUCUGGAUUUAUUGAUGCAAUUAUUUACGUCGGUCUACAAUUAUCAAGAUGAAGAAGGUAGAUGUUUCUCUGACUCAAUGUCUGAAUUGCCAGAACAAGACGAAAUUGAAGGAGGGAAGCAACGAGCAAUCUCAUUGGAUCUCAUAAAAAGAAGACUUGACAAGGGAAUUUAUAAACGAUUAGAUAUUUUCCAAGAAGAUAUGUUUGCGUGUUUUGAAAGAGCUAGAAGAUUGUCAAGAACAGAUUCUCAAGUGUUUGAGGAUUCUAUUGAAAUGCAAUCAUUCUUAAUAAAGAAAAGAGAUGACCUGUGUAAAAAUGGAGAAGUUUUAUCAUCUCCUGCAUUAAGUUAUACUGCUAUGCAUUUAAGUGCAGCUGUUGAAGCAGUUCGUCAAACUAAACUUUUACAAGAAGAAGAACCGGAAGCAGAAUCCUCAAAUAUUGAUAUUGUUGCGCCUGCUCAAAGUGAAAGCAUGUCAAUUGAUAACGGAAAGAUUUAUACACCAGGCGAUUUUGUUUAUUAUUCAUUGACUGAUGAUCAAACACCUGGAAUUAUGUAUAUCGAAAGACUUUUUACUGAUCAAAGUGGUGAGAAAUUGUGUCAUGGUAAUGUUUAUCUACGUCCUUACCAAACGUAUCAUUUGACAACGAGGAAAUUUUUGGAGCAAGAAGUUUUUAAAAGUGAUCAACAUCAAACGAUACCCUUAAAAGAAUUGCAACAAAAAUGCUAUGUUAUGAGCGUUAAAGAUUAUUUCAAAUUAAAACCUGAAUCGUUUGCCGACAAAGAUGUAUAUGUCUGUGAAUUUCGAUACAAUUCAAGAGCAAGAUCAUUUAAAAAAAUCAAGGCAUGGCCAUUUCAAACAAAUAAUACUAAACUUGUCUUGCGAGAAGAACCUCUUGAACCGAAAAGAGUUCAAUCUGUUUUUAAAGAUAGGCCUGUCGAUCCGCUUAAACUUGACAUACCAAUUGAUGAAGUCGAUUUAGCAUUAACCGAGAAAGAAAAAUGUAAUGUUGAAGUUAUUGUUCAUGGCAACGACGAUGUAAUGAACACAUAUUAUGAACAAUUUAAUACGGCGUGCAGUGGAACCGUCAAAACAGGCGAUUAUGUGUAUGUAGCAACUGAAUCUGGAAAACAAGCGAUUGCUCAAAUAAACUCAAUUUGGGAAACAAAAGAAGGAAAGUCAUUUUUCAGGGGUCCUUGGAUUUUAACGUCAACUGAAUUGCCUUCAAUGGUUCUCGCAAAUCAUUUACAAUUUAGACAAGAAGUUUUUUUAUCUACUGUUCAAGAAACGACACCUACAAUCGGAAUUGUUGGAAAAUGCUGUGUUCUAGAAGUUGAUGAAUACAUAACAAGACGUCCAACAGAAAUUCCCGAGUCGGACGUAUUUCUUUGUGAGUCUAUUUAUGACGAAUUCAACAAGCAGAUCAAAAAGUUACAAGGGACUGGACAUUUGAAAAAAUUUACUCAUACACAAGCCGUAACUCCAGACGAAAUAUACUACUUUAGACGUCCAAUAACAAUCCAAAGGAUGCUUGCAAAUGAAAUGGAUUCAAAAACAGCAACAUUGUCUGAUAUUAAGAGGAAGUGGAAAAAGGAUCAAUUGAAGAUGGAAGCGAAUGGAGGAGGAAAUAGUUGUGAUUUUGGAAUGACUGAAGAUUCAAUGGAUACUGAUAUUGGCUCAGAUGGUUUUGCUUUAAAUAGAUCUUCACCUAUACCAACAACAGUUUUAAGCACUCCGGCUUCCACGUCUAAAAGACCUGCUGCAUUUACAGGAGGUAAAAGUGGGAAAAAAGUCAUUACUGGAUACAUAUUAUAUUCUAGUGAAGUAAGAAAAGCAAAAGUUCUUGAGAAUCCAGAAUGCAAAUUUGGUGAUAUAUCACGAAUGAUUGGUGACGAAUGGCGAGCACUACCGCAAAAUGAGCGACGUCAAUGGGAAGACAGAGCAUCAGCUAUCAAUGAACAAAAUGCAUCAAAGUAUGCAGAAGAAAUGGCUUUAAACGGUGGAAGAGAAACUGGAAAAGAUAGUCCAAUUGCAAAUUCAUCGAUGGCUCUAACACCAAACCAAUUAUCAAUGCAACAUGAAUUUAUACAGAAUCAAGUUUUCGAAUGUUGUUGGGACAAAUGUGAUUAUCAAUUUGAAGAUCCAGGUGAUGCCUUGGAACAUACAAUAACUGAUAGCAAUGGUUGUGUACAGCGACAUUUUCAACAAUUGGCAGCUCAGAAUGAGCCAAUUGUUUAUCACUGCUUAUGGAGGAAUUGCAUUCGUGCUAGACGAAAUCAGCCUCCAUUGCCAAAUAUUCAGCGUUUGAUGAAACAUGUAAGAGAAGUUCAUGUUGUAAAAGCACCAGGAAAAAUUGUGCAGCCACAAGAUCGUGGUAAAAAUUAUGUUUCAAGCACAAGAAGACAUUUACAUCAAAAUAAUCAACCAGCUCAGCAACAAGUUCACCAACAAAUCGUAUAUCAUCCACAUCAAACAAUUCAAACAACCCCAAUUGUUACUGGAAGUCCUCAAACCAAUAUAUUAGCCCAUCAUCAGCCGGCAGUUCAACAACAAAAUAUUAUAAAUUAUGUUACAACACCGGUUGAACCAUUAUUUGUGACAGUUCCACCACGUCCACAACGUGUUUUGCACUCUGAAGCUUAUAUUAAAUAUAUUGAGGGAUUGCAAAAUAACAAUGCAUAUGUUGGACAGUGGGAAAAAUCGGUGAGAGCUACUCGCGAGACAAUUAAUACUGAUGUCAAUCGAUUACCAACACAUUGGUUAGGAGCUCGCGGAAGAGAAAAACCCGAAGAAGUAAUUGAUGCUCUUUGGAAAUUGCGAAAUUUCAUGUGGAAAGAUGCUUUUACGUUGAGUAGAAAUGGUUAUUAAGUAUUCAACAUUUUUAAAAAUUUUCAAUUUGAGACUACACUCAAAUCACCUUUAUUUUAUAAAGUGACGAUAAAGUUAAGUUAAUAAAUUCAUUCCUUUUUGUCUACAUUCAC